CUGGACACGAGCUCGACGCUCUCGACCUGAACUUGCCUUUCAUAGCAUCGAUUAACUGGACUCCUUGCGGGCAUUCACUGGACCGACUAUACCGAAUACUGCUCGACGAACUUGCACCGACACCCGGAGUAGCACGCACCGACACGCCGAGUAGCACGCACCGAUACAUCCUAUCUCAUGGCCCCGCGCAACAGGAAGAAGCAGAAGACGGAGGGCUCCACCUCAACCUCCACCACCACAAACACCCCAAACCCAAAUCCCCACCCGCCCCUCGACAUCCCCGAGGACGAGCAGUGGCGGCUGAUCCAGGAGAGCGGCGUGCUCGAUGGCUUGAAGCGGCCGAGUGAGGUUAGGGCGGAGGCGGAAGCGACCGGCCAACCGCCACCUCGCGCGCCCAAGGAACCGCUAGUGAAGGGCGUACCGAAGGGCCCCGGCGCAUCGACCUCACGAGGGACACCGCUAGUAAAGGAGAUCAAGCCAGGCGAGGAAAUCACCCUCGAGCAUCUCACCUCGCCGGGCGCGGCGUCGUUGGCGGCCGAAGACACGACCCCCGACCACAACGAACCGACCCCUGACCCCAACGAGCCCACCCCCUUCGCCGAGGAGAUCUUCCAAACGGCGAGCCUGCUGAUCCCGUUCACGUUCUGUUUGGUGCUGAUGGAUGUCCUCAUCCACCAGCAAUACGGCCAGGAGGCCCGCCUGUGGGACAUCCUCGACCGGCUCGUGAGCGCGGUGCCGAUUCUGGCGGUGUUUAUAUUUUAUACCACCCGCCACAAAAAUACGCGCCCCGCGCAGGCCGCGCUCUUCGCCCUCUCCUUGUUCGCGGGCCCGCGGCUGCUGUGGGUGCUCGCGCAUAAGGGGUAUCUGGUGAAUAUACAGCAGUCCCCGCCCCUCGCCACCGCCUGGAUCUACACCAUCACGCAGCUCGACCUCGGCCCCGCCGUCGUGAGCCUCAUGAUCACGGGCGCAUGGGCAAGGUGGAAGGGGUUGGGGGUAAGGUUGUUUAGGGAUCGGCGGUAUAGGUAGGGGGUGGGGGAGAAG